AUGGCUGAGCUGCACAUGACCAAGACCAUGGACGUACAGACGCGGGUGCAAGACUAUCUGAAUGACAAGAUACAGACUGCGGCCGACUUGGAACAGGUGGACAGCCUUUUGCAACGAGUGCAGGAACAGCAAAGUCUGUUACGGAAGCAGCUCGAAGAUGCCCGAAAAGACUACUCGGAGGCUGUGAAUAGAGUCAACGAGCGUGCCAACGAAUUAAGGGAGAAAGCCGAAGAAUGCCAGAGGGAACACGCCGACAUAGACCAGCGACUCAGAGACCUUGCACAAUCAAACGUGAGCGAUGAUGCGGCGCAAAAAAUUGAAACGAGGAUGAGCAAGGUGCGCAGUCUCGAGGUUGCUCAAGGCUAUCUGGUGUUGGUCCGGCAAUUGAACACUUUGAGCGACCAAGCGAAAGAGAACUUAGCCACACGCCCGGACAUAUCAGUCAAAGCAUAUAUUCAGCUGAGGGACAUUUUGAGACACAUUCAGGAUGCGCAGCCCGCUGCGGAAGGGGCAGCACCUCAAUUAGCGUAUCUUUUCGAGCAACAGUCGCAGCAGCUUUAUACCAACAUCAAGGAAUCUCUGGAACGGAGUCUGCGGGAAACUCUUGCACAAAUGAAAUGGCCGGGGAAAGAGUUGGAUAUUCCGGGCAACAUCCGGGAGAAAUGGGAGCAGCAAGUCAGAUUACUCCUCGAGCUACAAGAUCCUGACCUGAUCGGAGCGUUCGCAGCAGGCCUCGACACUCGAAGUCGGGCUUCGACGCGUGAUCCUGUCGUGCUUCUCCCGCUUGAGGUCAUGGUUCAACCCUUAACAGUGAGGUUCCGCUAUCACUUUUAUGGGGACAAACCCACGAAUCGACUGGACAAGCCUGAAUACUUCCUCACCCACAUCCUAGAUCUACUCGAGACAAAUAGUGGUUUCAUGAACAAUAUGCUGGGUCCUAUACUAGAUGACAGAGCGUCUCAGUCUGAAGCUCUGGAAUCCAUCUACACUGACGCAGUCUCCGCAUUCAUCACCGCACUGCUGCCAAUGGUUGAAGCAAAGUGCCUGUCCUUUCUCCCCCAAAUCUCACAACAACCACAAUUGAUGUCUCACUUCAUGCACGAGUUGAUGGUAUUUGAUACUGCCAUUCGUGAUACGUGGGGGUACAUUCCGAUUCCCAGGAUGUUGGCAGAGUGGAAAGGGAUUACUUGGAGGGUGCUGACCACCCACGGCUACUUUGCUCGGUGGCUCAAGGUCGAGAAAGAUUUUGCUCUUGCUCGAUACAAGAGCAUUAGGGAUGCUUCGGAUAGCAACGACAUCGACUUUGACGCAGACGCCACCGAAACGAAGCCGACCAAGGGAGCCAUUCGCGUCAAUGACCUUUUGGAGACAAUCACAGAUCGGUACCGAGGUCUUUCAUCUUUCAGUCAGAAGAUGAAGUUUCUCCUGGAGAUUCAACUAUCUAUCUUCGACGAUUAUCACAACCACCUCCACGGCGGAUUGCAAGCCUAUCUUGUAUCCUCCCAUACCGCCGGCCGGUUACUUCAGGGACAGUCUGAAGCUGAAGCCUUCGGUUCGAAAGGGUUGGAAUCACUGGCCAAGAUAUUUGGUAGUGCUGAAUUCCUUGAACGGAAAAUGUCGGAUUGGAACGAUGAUGUGUUCUUUUUGGAGCUGUGGGAUGAACUUCAAUAUCGCGCCAAAUCAAACAGCAGUACAGGUGCGUCCAUUGGCACAGAUUUGAAGGUGGACGACGUGGCGGAUAAGACUUCAACGACUAUCAAGUCGAACGGAACAGAAAUGGAUGGCGAUGCAGACGGAAGUGGAUUGUUUGACCAGACUGCUUCGGCAUAUCGACGAAUACGCGAACGUAGCGAGGAGGAAAUGCUCCGCUUCUUCGACGUCAACAUAAGAGGCGCACUCCGAUCGUAUGUGAAGCUUGCCCAGUGGUCGUCUCUUGGUGAGACGAUGUCCGAUCCAGUUUCCAUGGCGCCUUCCCCAAGCCUCGAUGGCUUUUUCCAAACAACAGCCACCCUGCUGGAGUAUCUUUCCCGCGUACUAGCUCCAGGAUCCAUGCGAAGGAUAUGCAAGCAUUACUGCUCCACCGUGCAGAGAGAGAUCUACGAUAACAUUAUCAUGCACCACACAUUCUCAGCCACUGGAGCAGCACAGCUAGCGAGGGAUCUGUCCGAGAUCAAAGCAACCAUCGAAAAGCAUAGCAGAUUGCGAGGGGUUACGGGACCAGGUCUAAAACGGCUCGAAGAGGCAGUCUAUCUACUUUCUCUCGAUUCCUCGCAAACGCUAGAGAACGGCGAGGAAGAUGAGUGGGGUUUUAAUGAUGAUGACGACGAGGAAAAGACGAAGGGACAAGCUACUGCAGAUGACACCAUCACUGAUGAUGGCAGCGUCAAGAAGCUUGGACUUUGGGACGUGGAGAAGCUGAUUUUCGAGAGCAACGAAGCAGCACGAAAGGCUCUUUGGGAUAUGGGUCUAUAUCAUCUCAGUGAAGGGGAAGCGAGGAAUAUCUUGAAGCGCAGGGUAGAGCUAAAUGGGUGA